AUGUUGGUAUUGAAGUGCGGCGGCGACGUUCGCGAGGUCCAGGUCCAGUACUCUUUACCAGUUGAGAAUUCAGCUGAUCCAUCCGUGCAACGAACACGUCUGAUCGGUGGCCUCCCUCGAGGACGUUUUACUUCGCGAAGGAUCCAUUCCAGAAUUCUUAAUGUCCAUCUGUCGUCUGUCCUUCUCAUUAUUGGACAGCCCAUCGAUGUUUUGCCCUAG